AUGCAAAAAGAUAAAUUUUUAGAGAUAUUUAAUAAUUGUUUAUUAAAUAAAUUAAUAUUCAAAUAUGUUAGUGAUAUUCAUGGUGUAGUUACCGAUAAAGAGAUUCGCAAAUUUAGAUGGUCAGAAGUAAUUAGGAAUCCACAUGUAAUGGCUGGUAACUCUUAUUUAAAUGAACUUAAACAACAUUAUGCCGAUCAUUCAAUCUAUCCUUUUUUGACUGCAACGUUCACAGGUGCUAUCAAGUGUAAAUGCUUCGAGACAUUGAAGUAUCUGGUUGAUUUGGUGAAGCCGAUCUCAAAAACGGAAUACCGUCACGAAAUCCAAUUCAAUAAUAUCUUGUGUUGUGCAGCAGAGUAUGGUAGUUUGGAAAUGGUUAAAUACAUUUGUACAGAGUUUGAAAAGAAGCGGUUGAAUUACUAUCAGGCACUAGUCAAAGCACCGUUGUCUGGAGAUUUGGAGAUGAUCAAGUACUUACACGAAAAACUGGAGAAUUGUGAUCAGACAAGGCUGCCUAUUAGUUUUGAAGAAGGUGUAUCUUUUGAUAGUGCUGCCAAGAAGGGUCGAAUCCAUAUGAUUGAAUGGCUUGCAGAGAAUAGAUCAAACGAUAGAGAGGAAAGUACAAUGUAUGGCUCUGCAAUUGAAGGUGGACAUCUCCAUGUUGUUCAAUAUCUUCUCGAUAUCAAUGAACCUCUACGUGUAUCUCCAUCAUUAGAAUAUGAUUCUCUUUUUGACUAUUCAAUCUAUUGCAAUCAAUUGGAAAUCGCAAAACUGUUAUAUCACAAUAAUAUCAGAGAAUCACAGGUACCUCUUAUGGAUUUUGCUGCAUGCCACGGGAAUAUCGAAAUGUUAAAGUGGAUGAAGGAAAAUACAACUAUCAGAGGCAGCGAUAUAGUAAUGGACAACGCAGCAUUAGGCAAUCAUUUUGAAGUUCUUAAAUGGUUACAUGAAAACCUGACUGAAAGUUGCAGAUACACUGAAGUUGCACUAUGGUUAUUAGAGAAUCAAACAUCGGCAAAUGAAAUUAGUAUCAGUGAUGCAGUUAUAGGCGGAAACUUGGAAAUUAUAAAAUGGUUAUUUGCCAAUCGUACUGAACGACCAACUACAUGGGCAAUGGAGUGUGCAGCCCACUUAAACCAUAUGCAUGUUAUCAGAUGGCUGCAUGAGAAUAUUCCAAAUUCAAUCACCACGGAUGCUAUGGAUUCAGCAGCAAGACACGGCGAUAUUACGAUGUUAAUUUGGUUGCAUGAAAAUAGAAGUGAAGGAUGUACUGGAAGAGCUCUUAAAAAUGCGAUAAGUUAUAAUCAUUUCGAAACGAUGAAAUGGUUGAAAGAUAACAGAACUGAGAUUUCCAAUUUGAAGCAAAGUGAUUGCCAAUGUACUAUAGAAGGUUUUCGGUUAUCGAUUGCAACUGGGCAUAUGGACAUGAUUGAAUAUCUCUUGGAGAAACAUCCAGAGUUUGCCAAUCAACAGUCUGAACCAGACGAAUUUCUUAAAAAUUUUUAUUCUUCUGGCGAUGAUGAAAUGAUUGAAUUCCUUUUGGACAAGAUCAACUUCCCAUUGGACAAACUAAAGGUAUUCCAUCAGUCUAUAGAUUCAGAUGGAUAUCCAGAGAUUCCUACUAAACUCUUGGAUGACCAUAUUGAAAAAAGGUCAAAGCAAUUUGAAUGA